GCGGCGGGGUGCGGCCGGCGCAGUGCCGGGCGGCUUGUGCGGAGUGCGGUGACUGUUCGGGCGGCGCGCGCGGCCUUUGCUUCGCUCUGUCGCGGCGCCGGCGGGAUGACGCGCUUCGCUCUGACCGUGGUCCGGCAUGGAGAAACAAGACUUAACAAGGAGAAAAUCCUUCAAGGACAAGGAAUAGAUGAGCCUCUUUCAGAAACUGGAUUUAAACAAGCAGCUGCUGCUGGUAUAUUUCUUAAUAAUGUGAAGUUUACUCACGUUUUCUCCAGUGACCUCGUGAGGACAAAGCAGUUGUCUUUUGAUUUGCAGACCGUGCAUGGAAUUUUGGAGAAGAGCAAAUUUUGCAAAGAUAUGACAGUAAAGUAUGAUUCAAGACUUCGAGAAAGGGCCUUUUUGUCUGUUGGAUCAUUGCAGAAAUACGGGGUUGCAGAAGGCUGGCCGCUGAGUGAGCUAAGGGCCAUGGCCAAAGCAGCUGGGCAGGAGUGCCCUGUGUUCACACCGCCCGGAGGAGAGACCUUGGACCAGGUGAAAAUGCGUGGAAAAGACUUCUUUGAAUUUCUUUGUCAGCUGAUCCUGAAAGAAGCAGGUCAGAAUGAACAGUUUUCCCAAGAAGCCCCGAGCGACUGUCUGGAAAGUUCUUUGGCAGAGAUAUUUCCUUUAGGGAAAAACUGUGCCUCCAAGUUUAAUUCGGACAGCGGCGCUCCAGGGUUAGUGGCCAGUGUCUUAGUUGUGAGUCACGGCGCCUACAUGAGAAGCCUGUUGGAUUAUUUCCUGACCGACCUUAAGUGUUCCUUCCCAGUGACCCUGAGCAGGUCCGAACUCACAUCAGUCAGCCCCAAUACAGGGAUGAGUGUCUUUAUCAUAAACUUUGAGAAAGGAGAAGUGAAACCAACCACCCAGUGUGUGUGUGUGAACCUACAGGGCCACCUGACCGGGGUGACCAAAACUCACUAAAUUUAAAUCUGCAUCGAAAUCUAAAAAAUGUGAGCCUCUGAGGGAGUGCCUUUGACUUUAUUUCCACUCUCUGCUAAUGCAGACUUGGAAACGGUUAAAAAGCUGUCCGUUAUAGCAGGUUAUAAAGCUCGAAUGGAAUCAGGGCCACAUGAAACACUAAUGGAAAACCAUCGAGGAUUGACUUCUUUUUUGUGAGUACAGUUGGAAUUUUCCAGGGUAAUUUUACCGCCCUGCUCAGUGACAUCUCUGGAUUGUAAAUGGAUGAAGGAACUCAGUAUUGCAAAUUGGGGGAUCAAUAAUCCUGUUACUAUGGGUUUUUUUGCUUUUUUAAUAUCCUGGUGUUUUGGGUAUUUUUCUUUAAUGUCUGAAAAAUCUAGCCUAUUUUAUUGGCUCUUGGUAAGAUACUGUAUGUUUUCUUUUUUACUGUCUCAUCCAGUUCUUGGAAGAGGGAACUAUUUGUAAUUGCCACUCCAUACUUAUGUGAAAAUAUGUUAUAUUCAAAAAGUCCUUUGAAGGAGAAAUGCUUGCCGUCACAGUUUAUGUAAAAGCAAACGACACUAGAUGUUUAAUACAGAAAUCAACUGUUGGAAUUGUUUACUCUGGAGGGUUUGAGAUGCAGAUGAAUGUGGAUUGUGGUUGCAGAAUAGUCUCGUGAGGAAGAAGCAUCAUCUGAUUACAGAAUUUUUAAAGCAGGAAUCUGAGCAGAGGAAGAGAAGAGAGCAGAUCUUUCUUAUCUAACCUGUAGGCUGAAGAAUCUAGUUUGAAGACGGCGCUAAAGAAAGUAAACGGCUGCUUCACAGUAGCCCCAGAAUAAAAGAGAGGCUUCACUGAAAAGAACCGUGGUUUUUUUGUGGAAGGUACAGAUGAGGUUUCCUCUCCUUUCCACCAGAUGGCACUGGAGAAAAGGGAGUUUGGUUACCUUAAUUCUGUACAAAAGAUGGGUCGCUCUGAUGCUCUCAUCUAAAUGGAGAAAAUGUUUUCCAUGCAGUUUGCCUUUAAAUUAUCACGUUGAUGAAUGCUGUGAGUCUCAGCUCACAAGAGGGUACGACUGAGGCUGUCAGUUAAGGCUAAAAUCACGUGUGGUCAUAUUUCAAGUUCAGGACCAUGCCGUUCUUAGUGUGUCCAGCGCUGCCCGUGUUCGUGCCAGUACUGGAGCAGAGCACGUGGUCGAGCACAGAGGAAGUUCACUGCAGACGAAAAGCUGGAAAGUAACCAAAAAGGACAGAUCAUAAACGUCCACAUCCCCGCCAUCCAGAAGUAAUACCGCUCCCCCUUUUUCUUAAAAAGAAAUAACACAUUGCGCUGUAAGCCAAGUUCCUUUAAGCCGCUGUCGCUGUCCUGUUUCCUCCUGUUCUCUACAGAGGCAGCCAGCACCGCGAGUCUGUACACCCAUCCACCCUUCACGGGGCCACCUAGUGUCAUAAGGGAACAACGGUAUCGUUCGGGUGUUUUUAAAAUGUACAAAAUAUCAAGCUGUCUGUAUUCUGUAUUUUCACUUAUUACAUAUCUCUUGGGGCUCUAUAUUGGUAUGUAUAGAUAGAUCUGGUUACUUGUAACCACUGUAUUGUACAAAAUAAAUGUAGUACCUUUUAUUUCUUUA